UCCUUGGGCACAAGCAUGGACCAGUCUGUGGCCAUCCAGGAGACUCUGCUGGACAACGAUUAUUGCAUCAUCGCCGUGCAAGGUGCGCUCUGUGAAGGAGACAGCCGGCAGAGCCGCCUCCUGGGGCUGGUGCGUUCUCGCCCAGAUCCUGCUCACCAGGAAUACGCACUCUUCCUGUAUUCACACCGGAGGAUGGCCAUCACCGGGGAUGAUGUCUCUUUGGACCAGAUAGUGCCAGUUUCUCGGGAUUUUACGCUGGAAGAAGUGUCCCCAGAUGGUGAAAUGUAUAUCCUUGGCUCCGAUGUCACUGUCCAGCUGGACACAGCAGAGCUCAGCCUUGUAUUCCAGCUCCCCUUCGGCUCACAUACCAGGACGUUCCUCCAGGAAGUUGCCAGGGCCUGUCCUGGCUUUGACCCUGCGACCCCAGAUCCCGAGUUCCAGUGGCUGUCUCGCUACAGGUGCGCAGAGUCCGAGCCUGAGAUGCCCACGCCGCGCGGUUGGAACUCGAACCCUGAUACCCGGCCAGGGUGCGCGACCAUUGGCGAAGGUGGUUCUAACUUUGAUGACUUAAGGCCGAAAGGGAAAGUUGUGCCUAUGGAGCACAGCUCCAGGGGUCAGGACAAACCAGACCACUUUGUCACAAGACAGAAUAAGAACAAGCCUGAAAUUACUACCAUGGUUCACUCCUCUACUGUCACAGUAUCAGACAAGGCUCAUAUCUUAUCCAUGCAGAAGUUUGGAUUGCGAGAUACAAUUGUGAAGUCGCAACUAAUACAGAAAGAAGCGGACUAUACCUACAUCCAGAACUUCAGGUUUUUUGUGGGCACAUACAAUGUGAACGGACAGUCCCCCAAAGAAUGCCUCCGGCCCUGGCUGAGUCAUAGUGCUGAGGCGCCAGACGUAUACUGUGUAGGGUUCCAGGAACUUGACCUGAGUAAAGAAGCCUUUUUCUUUCAUGAUACCCCAAAGGAGGAAGAGUGGUUCAAAGCUGUGUCCGACGGCCUUCACCCAGGUGCCAAAUACGCAAAGGUGAAGCUCAUCCGGUUAGUUGGGAUCAUGCUGCUGCUGUACGUCAAACAGGAACACGCAGCAUACAUCUCAGAAGUAGAAGCCGAGACUGUGGGAACGGGAAUCAUGGGGAGGAUGGGUAACAAAGGAGGUGUGGCCAUCAGGUUCCAGUUCCAUAACACCAGCAUCUGCAUUGUGAAUUCUCAUCUGGCAGCCCACACAGAAGAGUAUGAGAGGAGGAACCAGGACUAUAAAGACAUCUGCUCUCGAAUGCAGUUUUGUCAGGUUGACCCAAGUCGUCCCCCUCUCACCAUCGGCAAACACGAUGUGAUCUUGUGGCUGGGGGACCUCAACUACAGGAUAGAAGAGCUGGAUGUGGAAAAAGUGAAAAAGCUCAUUGAAGAGAAGGACUUCCAAGCCCUGUAUGCAUACGAUCAGCUGAAAAUUCAGGUGGCUGCCAAUAUGGUCUUUGAAGGCUUCACAGAAGGUGAGCUUACCUUCCAACCUACUUACAAGUACGACACUGGCUCUGACAACUGGGAUACCAGUGAGAAGUGUCGAGCUCCUGCCUGGUGCGACCGGAUCCUCUGGAAAGGGAAGAACAUCACGCAGCUGAGCUACCAGAGCCACAUGGCCCUGAAGACGAGUGACCACAAGCCUGUCAGCUCCGUGUUUGACAUCGGGGUGAGGGUCAUCAAUGAAGAACUUUAUCGGAAGACUCUGGAGGAAAUUAUUCGCUCCCUGGAUAAAAUGGAAAAUGCCAACAUUCCUUCUGUGUCCCUCUCUAAGAGGGAGUUCUGUUUUCAGAAUGUGAAGUACAUGCAGUUGCAAGUGGAAUCCUUUACAAUUCACAACGGCCAAGUACCCUGUCAGUUUGAAUUUAUCAACAAGCCUGAUGAACAGUCUUACUGUAAGCAGUGGUUAAGUGCCAAUCCCAGCCGAGGUUUUCUUCUGCCAGACUCUGCCAUUGAGAUUGAGCUGGAACUCUUCGUGAAUAAGACCACAGCUACCAAGCUCAACUCCGGGGAAGACAAAAUUGAGGAUAUUUUGGUUUUGCACCUGGACAGGGGAAAGGAUUAUUUUUUGUCUGUGUCUGGGAACUACCUGCCCAGCUGUUUCGGGUCUCCCAUUCAUACAUUGUGCUACAUGAAGGAUCCAAUCUUGUACCUACCACUUGAAACUGUUAGCGAGCUGACUCUGAUGCCAGUACCGACUGAGGAUGACGGGAGCCGGCCGGAGAGCCCCAUGGAGAUCCCCAAGGAACUCUGGAUGAUGGUUGAUUACCUGUACCGAAAUGCUGUGCAGCAGGAAGAUCUUUUUCAGCAACCAGGCCUGAGGUCUGAAUUUGAACAUGUUAGGGACUGUCUGGAUACUGGAAUGAUGGAUAACCUCUCUGCUAGCAAUCAUUCGGUGGCUGAAGCCUUGCUGCUUUUCCUGGAGAGUCUGCCUGAGCCAGUCAUCUGCUACAGUGCCUAUCAGCACUGCCUGGAGUCCUGCGGCAGUUACACAGCAAGCAAACAGGUAAUUGCUACUCUCCCCACAUUCCACAAAAAUGUCUUCAACUACUUGAUGGCCUUUUUGCAAGAGUUGCUGAAAAAUUCAAUAAAAAAUCACUUGGAUGAGAAUAUCCUAGCCAGCAUAUUUGGAAGUUUACUGCUUCGAAACCCAGCUGGUCACCAGAAGCUGGAAAUGGCCGAGAAGAAGAAGGCUCAGGAAUUUAUCCACCAGUUCCUCUGCAACCCACUCUGAGCUGCCUCGCUUCCCGUUUUACCUGAGGCGGCCAGUGACCAGCCCCACAUGUUUGGGCGUCAGCGAUGUCUGGCAAGAGGAGCGGCAGCUGCCUGUGCCCUGAGCCUGGACGUCCUCCUCUGGCUGUGGGUUAGCACACUCCGUGCUGCCAUGAGUCAUGGAGACAGGGACAAGAGCCACCACAGUAAAACUGACAUUUGAGGUUCCACUUCAUUUCUGUAACACGAAUCUCUGUUUUUAAUUUAAAGCAAUUGGACUGUGCUCAUUCAGCUGGUCUCCAGGGCAGUCAGUGCCUUCCCUAUAGCCUCGCCUGAGCGCUCCAGUCAGAUGCUGGGACAAAUUUUGGAGUCCCAGAAGAACAUACUGGAGAGCAAGGACACAAUAGGUGCUGCUGAAGCCAGAGGCCUUAGCCGCCCGAGAGACUCCCGGGGUUCGGUCUGGGGCACGAGUAUACGCGCAAGGGAACACCACCCCUCUCCCGCCUGGACACGAGGCUGGCCACUUGGCUGCCGAGGGCAACACAGUGGCUUUAGAGUUCCAGCACUGAACCAGUUGGUGUUCCUGUGAAUCGGUGGGCAUUUCGGGACCCAUGAAAUCCUCCAUGCUGUAAAUAAUGCAUCCUCUCACAUAUGUAAUAUAUUUUAAUGAGAAAUAUAUUUUUAACAGCA